AAACUGCUCACUGAGUCUUUUCAAAGCUCCUUCCACCGUGGCUGGGUGCUGGGGCCAUGCGGAUUUGAGCUAUGUGACAUGUGACGUGAAGGGAGCUGAAUCAGCCACUACCCUCCCAGCAGGAACUUUUCUGGGAAAUAUAGCUUUCUUCAGGGGAAAGCAUCACAACAGUAUCAUGCAUCAAGACACGAGAAGUAAUUCUUCCGCUCUACUCUGCGCCGAUAAGGCCUCCGCUGGAGUCUCGUGUCCAGUUCUGAGCGCCACAUUUCAGGAAGGAUGUGGACAAAUUGGAGAAAGUCCGGAGGAGAGCGACAAAAACGAUUAAAGGUCUAGAAAACGUGACCUACGAGGAAAGAGUGAAAAAAUGGGGUUCGUUUGGUUUGGAGAGGAGAAGACGGAGAGGGGACAUGGUAACCGUUUUCAAGUAUCUAAAAGAUUGUUCCAAGGAGGAGGGCCCUCAGUGAUCCAGCUCUUCAGGAAUCUCUUUGGGCUCGGGCAGAGCGCGCAGGAGGGCCCAGAAACCAGAGCAGACGCACGAGAGCAGGGUAACGUCGGGGACCUAGAAGAAAACAGCUCCCUGGUGCCUGCUGGGGCUGAGUCUGAGACCAGCCAGCCAGCAGGCAAAGAGCUAACGGGCGACCACCCGACUGAUGAGCCCCGUGGAGAUGCAACAGGCGACCGCAUGGGGGAGAUCCUUGGAGAGCUGAAGGAUAUCAGUCUUGGGGGCACCCCUUCCAGCCGUGGCAGGAGAUCCCCUCCUAUGCUGGACCCCAGUGGCAUGGAGAUGGGAGACUCCGGUGACUGGGCCUUGUCAGACCUCUCUGAGAGCGGUAGCUGCAUUGACGCCAGCGUGGAUGUGGAGGAGAAGCAGAACAUGGGAAGUGGAGCAACAGGGGAGCCGUGCGGGCAAUGCUCUGAGACAGGAGAUGCAGGAGGAGCAUCUGCUGAGAGAUGGCCCUUGGGGAGCAGGCCCUCGGUGCUCCAGCUUGUUAGGAACCUCUUUGGGCUCAGGCAGAGUGUGCAGGAGGGCCCAGAAGCCAGAGCAGAUGCACAAGAGAGCGGGGACGUCAGGGACCUAGAAGAAAACAGCUCCCUGUUUCCUGCUGGUGCUGAGUCUGAGACCAGCGAGCCAGCGGCCAAAGAGCUAACGGGCGACCACCCAACCGAUGAGCCCCAUGGAGAUGCAACAGGCGACCGCAUGGAGGAGAUCCUUGGAGAACUGAAGAAUAUCAGUCUUGGGGGAGUCCCUUCCAGCCAUGGCAGGAGAUCCCCUCCUAUGCUGGACCCCAGUGGCAUGGAGAUGGGAGACUCUGGUGGCUUUGUCAACACUGCUGUGGGCAAAGAUAAAACAGCCCAGGAUCUAUGCAGCAGAAUCUCUGGCAGGGAGGCAGAGAGGGUGGGAGAAGCUUCUGGUGACACAGGAACAUGGGGAAAGGCUGGAAUCUCCCAGGUUCUGCCUGCUGACAACGAAGGAAUCACACUGACUGCAGGACCCCUGGCAAUGACCCCCAAGGACUUCCAUGCCAAGGAGGAGAGAGAGUGCCUCCUGAAAGAGGAUCUAAAUGGAGGAUCUCCGAAGGCAGAGCUGUCUCCAUGGAACAAACUCGUCAACAUGUACAAGCAGCGACGGAAGCUUCCUGUUCCUAAGGAAAACCCAGUGCAGCUAGAAAUGGAAGAGGGAUCCACUCUGAAUCUAACUGUUUAUGAAUUUGCAACACCUGAGCCUCAUCUCAUCUCUUCAAAAUCUUCCAGUACUGCCCUGAUCUAUAGGUUUCCUGAUGACGGAGCUGGGGAAGCUGUUGGCCACUUUGGGAGAGCCCAGGUAGACCUGAGGACAAAUGGACUGGGAGCUCCUGAAGCAGACUGAGAGCCUGCACCUAGAAGAGAUGGGACAGUGGCCCCAAGACCAAACUUAUGUUUUGAUCACGAUGAGUCUGCAAGUCCCCUUCAUCUAGCAGAUGAAGAAAGAAGAUUGAAACCUGUUCUUUGGUCCCCACUAGGCUGGUGUCUGGGACAAGGUCUGUUAGCUGCCAGCUUGUUCCUGUUUCCUCUUUCAGUGUCUACGUCUUCCCCCCUUUGAAUGUUUAUCCUCUUGCCUUCUCCUCUCCCUGCCACCUGAGGGAUGACCCCAUCUGUACUAGGCUGGCAUCCACUGUAUUUUUAGAGUAAGUGUUUUACGUUGAUUGAUUGUUCUCAGUUCCCCCUAAACUCUCAGACUCCUCCCCACUUAUUAAAUGAAGUUCUGUGUUGAAUUAAUUUC